GUACAAACUACCAUACUAUCAACGACAUGGCUCCUGUUUCAGCGUUAGAGUUUGUGAUCAUCAUAGCCAUCUUGUGUAGCGGUACCACUGCGCGUCUUGUCAGGGGAGAUAAUCAGACGUCAUUACCAGAGGGUGAGGAGGAAAAUAGACCAUGUUUUAAGAUGUACGAGGGCUGCAUGGCUGGAUUCAGUAUAAAACCAUCCACCAACGCCGAUGGGAGUUUGCAUUUCCCGGGCGACUUCUUCGGAACAGUCUGUGACUAUUUCAUCACCGGCGGUAUUUGUUAUGGACUCACAACGUACGAAGUUUGCGAGCCAAGUUUUCAACCAAUCAAUGUUAUCAGAAAUUUUAAUAAUAUAUCCAUCAAACUGUGCCGCAAUACGGAAGCUUUGGACUCUCUUGUUCCCUGCUUGAAUGAUAAAGAAUUCCCUAAAGCAUACAUGAGCGCGAUCAAUUAUGUGGGCUCUGGAAAAGAAAGCCGUUGCAAAAGAUGGGGGACAACGUCAUGAUGUCUACGAGAGAAAAAGGCAAUAUGAUUAAAAUCAGAUCCACUGACGCAGAUCUACGUGAGCGGAUCAAAAGAUCUGAUUUUAGUCACUUUAAGGAAACGGUUGAUUAAGAUUAUAUUUUCAUGUUGCAGCAGUUAAAAUGCUGAUAAAAAUAGUCAGGCUAACAUUUUGUACACAAAUUAUGAUUGUAAACCUAAAGGAAAGAGAAAUACGACAUAUAUGUUCUUGAGAUCAAUUGAUAAUUUUUACUUCUGUAAUUUCUACUAUAUGCCGACCAAAUGAAUGGCAUUUGGAGUAUGCAGUACAUUUCAACACAACCAUGCACGAUGCAAUUUUCAGGAAACAUAAUUUUAUGGCAUUUACUUUCCAUUAACUUGAAACAUGAAGUUUAGCAACUUAAAAUGUUCAUUAGACUUGAAACAUGAAUAUUGAUUAAAUUGUAUCUUUAAUAAACUUGAUAUUUAACAUU